AAGACAAGGCCGAAGCUUCGAUCUUUUGAAACUUUCGAACCAUUUCUAAAUCUCAAUCUUCAAAUUCCCUCUCUUCAAAUCCCUCUCCUUUUCUCUCUUCCACUUUCAAGUGUAUUUCAAUUUCAUCUUCCAAUCUCUUCAAGAAGCUGAUUCGGGAUUAUGGUGAGGGAACAACGAGUUGAAUCGUUUUAUGCUAAACUUCGUGAAUCUGUGACGGCUUCUUCUUUGUCUCCUCUCCUUAUUUUUCCUUCCACUUCUGAUGUUGACUCGCUCUGUGCCUUGAAAAUUAUUUUUCAAGUUCUUGAAUCUGAUUCGAUUCGAUACGCUUGUUAUCCCGUGUCUUCUUUUCAAGAAAUUCAUAAAUAUGCUGGUCCUAGUUUGAGUUCGUCGUCUGCCGAUCCGAUUUCGAUCCUUUUGAUUAACUGGGGAUGUCAUCGAGAUCUUAGGAAGGUUUUGAGUUUAGGUCCGGCUGCUCAUGUGUUUGUUGUUGAUAGUCAUCGUCCAAUUCAUCUUCAUAAUCUGAGCGAUCAGAAUGAGCAAGUGGUUGUUCUUUACACGAAAGACGAUGAGCUCCAGGCUGACUUAGCUUAUGAUUUCGAUGUCUCUGCAUUGGCGAAUGCGAGCGAUUUGAACAGCGAUGAUGAGAUUGAUGAGGAAUUGGAUAGUGACGAUGAUAACGAUAGCGAAAACGAAGAAGAAGAUCGAGGCGGAUCGAGGAAACGGAGGAGAGUUGAUAAGGAAAAUGAGGAUGAUCCUGUUCAGAUUUUCAGGAAAUUGAAAAGAGGAUACUAUUAUAUGGGUACCUUCCAUGGUAGGCCUUCAGGGUGUUUGAUGUAUGAUCUGUCUCAUUCAUUGAGGAAGAACACAAACGAAUUACUAUGGCUGGCUUGUGUGUCGUUAACUGAUCAGUUUGUUCAUGAAAGAUUAACGGAUGAGAGGUACCAAGCUGGGGUUAUGGAGCUUGAACAACACAUAAACAGUUCAGGGAACUUGAAUGCUGUAAACUCUGUUACACUCAAGGAUGGCACCAAGAUCCGAGCUCCUGAGGCAUCAAGAAUCACUUAUGAUGAUGAGCCAAGAUUAAUGCUGUUGCAGGAGUGGAGCUUGUUUGAUUCAAUGCUGUGUUCUUCAUACAUUGCUACCAAGUUAAAGACAUGGAGUGACAAUGGAAUGAAGAAGCUGAAAUUGCUUCUAGCACGCAUGGGGUUUGCACUUGUGGAUUGCCAACAAAAGUUCCAAUACAUGAAUCUCGAAGUGAAACGAAAAAUGAAGGACGAAUUCGAGCGAUACCUACCCGAAUACGGCCUAAACGAUUUCUACUACAGAAGUUUCUUGAGGUUACAUGGUUACAGCUCAAAAGUGUCAGCAGCAGAUGUGGUAUAUGGGGUCACUGCAUUGCUUGAAUCCUUUGUGAAAUCAGAUGGGUCAAGUGCUUCCAAGAAGUUUGGAGUGGCUUAUGAUGCAUUGUCAUUGAGCAAUCUUGACAAGCUCAAAGAUGGAAUGCAGCAGGCGAUCAAGGUCCAGAGGUCAGUUCUUAGACAGGGGAGCUCUGCAAUUACAAAGAGUGGAUGUAUAAGAAGUGGGAGGAAGUUUCGUUGGGUGAAGCUUGAAGAUUCUGUGGACACCAAAUUUCUGGGCUAUCCUCAAGCACUCACCAAGUUCUGCUACUUCAUAAUGGAUGCUUUGCGAGAGAAAGGAGCAAGAAUGAAGCCAUUGCUAUGUGCUUGUGUGUCUCAAGAGCCGAACAAAGUAUUGAUCGUUGGUGUUUGCGGGAAGCCUCGGCUUGGGGCGUCUCGAGGCAAUGCAUUUGGGAGAGCGUUUCGAAACGCUGUGGAGGAAAUCAGCGCGGAGUUUUUCCACGAGAUGUUUGAAUCCUCGUGGAUUCUUCUUGAUGCAACUUCAGUUAACUCUUUCAUGGUCAGAUUGACUGAGAAGCUCUAACGUAUGUUGUUGUUUAUUUCCAUUUCAUGGUCAGAUUGAGAUGAAUUAUGAUGACCCCCACAUCUUAACAUCAAUUGUAGUUACACAAGUUAGCCUUUAUGUAACUUAACUUCAUCUUUGCAAGGUUAUUGCACUUUAGUUUUGCAUGGAGACUUCGUUCUAACA